AGUUUUACUGUUAACCCCUUUCUGUUGAGAAAUGCUUCUCAAUUUUUCCUGGUAUCCUCAAAUAAGGGAAAGAGUGGCAAUCGUUAAUCAGACUUCAACAAAUUGACCAAGGUCGCCAUGGAAAUACGAUGAAAACACAGGAAUGCAACAAGAGAUGAAUUAGAAGUUGCGGUCUAACUAAAAAUGGAGGAAAAAUCAGAUGAACUUGUUUUAGUGAAGGCUGAGGAGGACAGCGAAUCAAAUGACAGUACUCAGGGGUCAGAAGAGGUCAGCAAUGACCUUGACCAAUCCGGUUCCAGUAUCCAGGGGUCAGAAGGGGUCAAAGACUACCUUAGCCAAUCAGACUCCAGUCACCAGGGGUCAGAAACAGGGAAGUAUAACAAAAUCAAGGAUGAAAAUGCCAAUAUCAAAACCCUUCUUGGUAAACGUCCUGCCCGGCUUCCUGGGUUGCCUGAUGGCCUGCUAAGUGAGGACAACAAGGGCAUUAAAAAGCACUGUGAUAAUUCAAACAAGCCGGAUGUAUCCGGUUUGCCUGUUAUUAGUGAUGUUUGGUCGGAAAAAAAUCCGACAGAGUUGUCAGGUUUGUUUGGUAACCAUAGUAACAACAAGCCAGACAAACACAAGGUUGAAAAGGAGUGGCAAGAAACUUUCAAACUUUCCGAGUUGCCCGAUCCUUCAGUAUUGUUUGGCAAUUUGGAUGAAAAGGUUUUCAAAAAGCCAACGAAACCAGCUCCGAUUCCGUUAGCAAAAGUCUUAUGGAGACCGCCUGUUCUUACUGGAGAAAAUAGCUUGGACGAAAAGCUCUUGCCUGGUACAGGGCCUGUGGCUCAGAGUGUUACAUCUGGUGGAUUUAAACCACCGUCACCGUUGGGGAACGCACCAUGUUCGUUCUUGAAAUACGACAGCUUUAAUACCUGUGGUGGUAGUGUAAUCUGCAUGAACCAAACCGGGAAACCAGACAGCAACCCAGCACUGCCACAUGCUCAAUCGUCAAAUCCUGCAGUAGCCAGCAAACAAGGAGCAGGGCAGAAACUACCUGUGGGCAUGCCUCAGUCGCACGCUGCUCAUCAAGUUCAGAAAAAAGUGCUGAAAAAACUUGAUAAGCCAGAAAAAUCGCACAUAAAUCGAGUUAUAAAACAUGCGUCUGCUCCAGCAAGAAGCUCAUCCACUCGCCCAAAAAGCACGUCUGCACAACCAAGAAAUACCAACCCUCGGCCUAGGAAUACUCCCUCUCAACCUCGACCUGCGAAUACUCCACGGAAACAGCAAGCCAAACAGGAGAAACGUGAUGUUCCGAUGGUGGUGCCACCUAUUGAGCACGGCAUGGAUCCACCUCAACAGUUUGAAUUCACACUUGGUUCUCACUACACAGGCGGGAAUACGUUUUGUGCGAGAAAAGUCGAUGCGCCAGCGAAUCAGAUGAUUGUACCGCACGACUUUAUCAAAGGCCUCAUGAAGACUACCCGGGCAUCGCAUAUUGAUCCAGCAGUUGAUAUUGUGACCCGUAACGAUAUCAAACGAUUCCUGAGCGUACCUGAGAGGAGAACUUUCUUGUGUUCAUACAGUGAGCCAAAGAUGGAGCCACUGCCUUCAUCGGUAGCGCCACAUUCUGCUAUCAAGGCGCUGUUGUGUAGCAGAUCUCCUAUGAGCCCAGGUGUACCAUCGCCAUCCGAGUUGAGAGUGGCGUGGGCCGCCAUGCAGUCAAGGUCGUCAAGUUCCACGUCAUCAUCGGUGGCAGAUGCCAAGUUUGAAACGCAAUCAUCGCCUUCACCGCGAUCAUUGCCUUCUCCCGGAAAGGAUCCCAAGAGUGGCUCCAAACCGACAUCACCAAGUUUUGCUGAAAAAAUCGCUGAAUUCAAAGCUGAGAUCCCGUUGAAAAAGACUGACACUAGCGGUAGUACACGAACGAACCUUUCACAACCAUCGGCAAGUGGUGCACACCACCGAAAUACAAUUGAAACAGAUGUCAUGAUGUCGACAGGGAUUGAUGAAAAACGUAAAUCAUGGCUAAAUUCUGACUCCUUACUUCCACCUAAUAUGCCUCUGUUUUUGAAUACUUCUGAGAAGAAAGACGCUUCGCUUGUGCCGAAACCUUCAUCAGAUUAUGUCUGUAGUUCGCCUCGAACAGAGUCCGUCGCCAGUUCAAGUUCAUUACAACAUGGUGCACCAUUGCAAGUCGAGGCUGGGUCCCACCUGCCACCAAACUACCCAUCGAGUUUAGAGUCGCCUGGGAAACAAAGUAUGAAGUCACCUCAAAGUGUUGGCAGUCCAAGAAAGAUGGCUGAACGACCAAUGGUGUCACCUGAGGUCCUUCAACCCAUGUUAACCAAUAUUGGCUGCCUUCUUCCUCCAGGAAUGCCAUGGCAACUGGAGAGCCCGGAAAAGAGACCAAUCGCGCCGUCUGCCUUGGCCAUGGAGCUGCCCAGAGCGAUGUCGAUAGAUCCUCAGCUUCCACCAAAUAUGCCAUGGUCAUUCAGCUCGGUUCAGACUUCAAGAAACUUGCAGUAUAAUAUCCAGCUUCCCAAUACAAUGAAAAGAAAUGUCAUUAACCCUGCGCCGCCUAACUUCCCAAAGCCGUUUGUUCCCAUAAUGAUGCCAGCCUCUCCAGAGAUCCCAAGGAUGAAGCAGACGUCACAUCCGUCUGCCACGGUUACACGUCCGGCUGAAAAAUCCCAACCCUCGGAUAUCUCGCCCUCCAGAAGCAAGGAUGAUGGGUACAGUACGUCAAGUAGUUUACAGGAAUCACCUGACAACAGAAUCAUCAUGCUGGCAAAAACUAAUUGUCAGAGUUCACCAAGCGGGGCAAGAAAGGCCACUCCCCAGGUGACGCCACACAUCUGCUACUCACCCAAGAAGAGGAGAUUCAUACCCUUGACCCCUGAGCAGCAACGACCAUGUGAGGCUGAAAUUCGUGGUUUCUACAACAUGGCUCCCCAUGUUACUGGCCAUGUACCCAUUCCUCAGGGUCUCGAGACAUUACCUUCACCUCAUCACUCUCCCUUGAGGAGAAACUUCGAACUAGCAGAACCAGUGAGGCAAAUACCAUAUGAUCGCGAGUCGCUUUUAACGCCAAUAGGCUCCCCCUACAGGAGGACAUUCGAACCAUCAGAGCCUGCAUACAAUGUUCAAUUAUUGGGUAUCACUCCGCUGCCAUUAGCUGGGGGAGUGUUGGCCCCUAACCCAGGGAACGGGGCCCGCGCUGGAGACUUCCACGCUAUGACUACCUCUGGUACAGAUGGUCGUAUCGUCUGUGCUGCAGACUCAACAGAGGAAGGAAGUGACCAGCCGCUGAAUCUUGUGGUCACUAAGCCUCGAGUUGAAUCUGAACUCAAAGAAUUGCCAAAACCGCGUUAUGAACAACGUGCUGUGGACUUGCGUCUAUCGCCGUGCGAAUCUGCCAUAGACUUGCGUGUCAAUAAACAUGAAUCUGAGGUUGUUAGGUAUCGGACCCAAUACCACCAUGAAACUUACCAGAAUAUUGGUGGGUCGAGUCACGAGCCUACUGUUCGUUUUGAUAGUAAAGUACAUGUGGAUGCGAGCAGGGGUCACCUCGAACCAUCAGGGAAUGAACUUGAGGUGGCUAAAGACUCGGGCGUUGACGUCGUCAAUCAUUUUCUCCAGUCGAUGCACAGUAUUCGUUACAAGGGUGAGACAAGUGCACAGAAUUCGACGCGUGAAUCGGAAAAUGGCGCAGUCAAAGAAAAUAUGACUGCCCCUACAUUGAAUCAGGGAGACUCUCAGGACUAUGAACUCGUUCAACAUCAGGAUAGUACAGCUGCUGCUGGUGAAACUGACACAGAAGGAAAAUCACAAGAUGAAAAACAGGACAGACAAAAUGGAACGGUAUUGACUGAACAUUUUGAUUCAAAGAAUACAGAAGUUACUCUCGUAGAAAGUGACAACUUGGAUUAUGAAGUUUCUGCGCUAACUGAAGUUGACCUUGAUAUGAGUAAAGGUCGUAGCCAUGGUGACAGUGUAUCAACUGUUGCUUCUGAUUGCCACUUUUGCACUGUCCCAGGACAAGAUGAAACCAGUUUAGCUGGGGGCCUGACCGUCUGCCCACCUUCAGAUAUUGAGAACGUGCAACAUGGCAAUGAUGCUGAUAUGACGGAGGGAUCUCUGAACGGGUCUAGCACCUCAACCAUUUUACUUACAACUUGCCCCUGUUCAGAAUACUCCUGUUCCUGUUCAAAUGGAUCAGAAAAUUCAAAAAUCUUGAGCCAAACAAAAUCAGAAAGUCAGGUGGCAAAAAACGCUUCAAUUAAUGGUGUCACGGUACUUACACAUGUAGAAAACUUACUCCAUAUGGGACCCAACAACAAACACCAAGCCUCAGAAAAUAAUGCUGCCGAUUCACCGUGCCAGAAAAGACCUGGCAGUAUCCUUGGACACUUUGAUCAAGAAACUGACAUGACGUACAAUGUGAAGGUUCUCGCCACUUUUUCAGUCGACUCUCGGGAAGAUGAUGACCGAUGUAAAACGAAAUUGCGACAGUGUGGCAUGGACUCCAUUUCAGCAGUCGAUGUGGAGUUAGGUUCUGAAUCUGAAGAACGAACCAGUCAGAAUUCACAAGGUCAACUGCCUGACUCCAGCAUCGACUCUGAGAUGGAGUUUGAAGUUGCAGCCGAAUGGUGCGUUAAUCCUGAACAAGAUCAUCCUAAGAUGACUGAAGAAAGUUCCACUGACCAACCAACGCUCAACAUGGAAGCUGCUGUUGACCCAUUGCCGACGUCUCGGGGUUCGGUAGAACCUGUGGCCGAUGUUCAACAUCAGCAGUCGAGGCUUGCACCAUUUAUCAGUUCACUCAUUCAAAGCAUGAAAGAACCCAAUUCUGUGAGAGUUAAGAGUCUGGGAAGUUGGGGUGAUCAGAAUUCCGAAAAAGAGGGCAGAAAUAUUUUGGGAAAGCGUCACAGGGCCAGUUCUCCAGUUGUAACGACCUCUUUACAUACUCAGGACAAAGCUAGCAAGAUUCGGAAGGUGGAAAGCUCUGCUCAGGAAGGCAUUCAGGAGGAAUUCACAAAGUUUAGGACAAAAAAAAAAAUGAAGAAAACUGGGGAUGAUUUUGAUAAGGAAGGGGCAGGAUACUCUACGAAGUUUGAAACAGGCAAUUCAGUGGAUGGAACAUCUAGCAGCGAUGACAGCAAUCUGGUCAUAGAUGAAUCGUUGGUACCAUCUGGUGAUGACAGUAAUCAUGGCAACAGGAACCACAGCAAUGACACACCACAGGCAGACAGUGACCAUGGCAACAGUAACCAUGGCAAAGACACUGCACAGGCUGUCAGCGAUAACCUUUUCCUUCUUGCUGCUGUUUCCACUGAAUACUGCAAGUCCCAACAACAACCAAUUUCUGAAAAUGAACAAAAUAAGCAGGAAAAGAAUGCGUUUUCUCAGAAUAAACAACUUUCUCAGAUCAAAGUUAAACAAGAAUUUUCCAAUGUGCAAGUCGUAGAGAUUGGUGGAGAACGUGGAUUGUAUUCAUGUCGUAGAAAGGUAGAUGCUGCUCCAGAAUACAAGUUCAAGCAAUUCUACGGAUUUAAUACGAAUAAACAACAAGAACGUCAGAAAUCCAAGCGAUAUCGUGCAGUGUCUGCUGGGGGUGGGCGACAGCUGUUACCAGAAUGGAUCGAGCAGCAGGUUGACCUAGGUGACAUCCCUGGUUUGCAGUGGGUCGAUAGAAGGGAGAAGAUUGUAAGGAUUCCUUGGCGACAUAGUCGCUCUACCUCCUGGAAGCAUGAUGACUGUAUGCUGUUUGAACGAUGGGCGAUUCAUACAUGUAAACAUGUGCCUGGUGACGCCCCAAACCCAAAAAGAUGGAAGACAAACUUUCGCUGCGCCUUGAAUCUGUACGCUGUACGCAUGGACCACGGCAAGGACUACUGCUGCUACAAACUCUACGAGACAGCCAUUUCAGGAACCAACAACAACAACCGCAGAGACAAAAAAACGUGUUACAAAACUCCUCACUCUGGGACGAGGUUGAAAAAUAGAUCCGGCCUCGAUGAAGUAUUGAACAAUGUUACGCCGCAGAUUCCAACCGUUAUUUUCGACUUGGAAGAAAAGGAGCGGGUUAAGUUCAAAAUGCCUGUAUACCCUGUGAAAGGUCCUGUUGACGAGGACGCUGGUAGCCAUAGCAACAGUGAUAAUGAUGAUGGAUAUAACGCUGGGGCCAUUUUUAAGAACAUGAAAGAUAAACCCCCAAUCGAGUCCACUUUAGUUAAAAAGGAACUUGACUCCAGUAACCAUGGUAACGGUAAUGGUGAGAUCCAUUUGCAUGACCAACCUAAACCACCUGAAGUGAGUUUGGUUUCUAGGAAACAAGACACCGACAACAAUGAAGGUUACUAUGGCAACAAGUGCACACCACCUGUUGCCAAAGGUUCUCACCUGUUGUUUCCUAGGAAACCAGACUUGUCGCCAAGGACUGAAGAAUCAAUAGCAGAUGUUGCUGUGGAUUCUUACGAUGAUUCUAAUUCUGCUCCUCUGAACUUGAGCCUCAAGAAGUAAGGUGUUUGCUUGUUUAUUGAGGUCAAAUCUCAAUAUGAAAACUACCUCUGUUCACUGUGCAGGGCCAGAGAAGUGAACCCCUGAUUUACUUAGGAUGUACCGGAGGUGGAGUGGGUUUUGAAGUUGUGGAUCACAAGUGGGAUGGGGUAUUAUGAAGAGCAGUUGCUACAGACCAUUUUGGCAACAUAUUAUGAAGAGCUAGGCUUUGAUGGCUCCUGACUGUUUUGACAGUAUGUUAUCCUUUAGAUUUAACAAGGCUGUCAAAAGCAAGUCUAACUUAUGAUGAUGCAACGUCUAGUUUGGCGAUGAUACUUCAGACUUUGAUCAACCUCGGUGAAUAUAAACUGAUGAAUAUAACUCAUAAAUGAAUAUAACUAUUAUGAUGGCUGUACAACCUGUAUAUAUUUAUUUAAUUUAUUGCACUAUUUCUGUAAUUUAACCGAUCACAAAAUACCUGAGUCCUCAUGGCCAUAAUGUACAGAAGUCACAGUACUAGUAAAAUGUUCAUGGAACAAAAUGAUGCAAUUCGUACAAAAAUGAGGUGACCCUUUGAAUAUUGUUACGGCUCAAAGAGCUGGUUUUUACUCCUUAGUUCACUACAUGUUUAUCUGUCACAUCAUGACAUGUAUCUGUUGGUCAUUUAAAAGCUAUCGGGGUACAUAGGUCUAGAUAGGAUAUCUAGAGGGGGCUAGUUUUGACGAGGAAGGGGCACUUUCAAAACACUUUCUGUCAGUUUUAGUGGUCUCUGUCUGAAAUAUUAGGUUGAUUGUGUCUUCCAGUAGGUUAAAGGUUGGCAAGACAUAUUGGUGAUUGUAACAUUUUUUUUGCAUGUUUAGAAUCUUAAAGGGUUGGUCAUGUCGUCAUCGGUGGCGCUGUUCAUCACACACCCUCAGCGAUUUCAGGAAUCUUCAAAUGACUGCUGCCACUAGAGUAUGACGCUACACAAGCAUUCUUCAAGCUGUAUUGUCAUGUUCUGUUGCAGUAAUUCAUCUAUGAAACUAUGCGUGCUUGAGGUUUGAGGUCGUGUGGUAAAGUGCGUUACCGAGGACGACAUCAACCCUUGUCUCGUGUUAAGGAAUGUGCUGAAGGUGAGGAGUGAUCGCCUUCCAUUGAUUGUGAUUCAGACAAAUACUGGCCUCAAAUCAUGUGAAGUUAUAAAUUACUUAUCUUGUAUCCGAAACAAUGUAUUUAUGAUGUACAUAAUGUAUAAUAGAGCGAGGACCGUGAAUAGACUUUAUAUAAGA